UCGCGGAGUAACACCGGCCAUCUUUCUCCAUUUACAACAGGACACUUGGUGAAACCGCUUGGGUUCGAUGCGCUUACAAGUUUGACCAAGUGUGCUUUCGCGUUUCAAGCGUCUGAAGUUUGAGCACACGAGACACGAGCCAUGUUUGUGUUCAGUGCUGCAAAGUUUUCUCGCUGACAUCCGUCCGUGGAUAAAGUCUCAAGUGUCGCACAAAUGGAAAUGGUGCCGAGCGAGGAGAAGCAGUUCGUUUCCAAAGAGAUUCAAAAUGCAGCUGAUGAGCCAAGAGUGCUGUGUAUAAUCCAGGACGUCACCAAUGCAAAAACCAUCAAUGAGAAGAUCACCCUCAAUUUGCCCUCGUCCACCACACUUCUCAAACUUUACGAAGAUGUUGCCCGCAAAGCUUGUUAUGUGGCUGGCACCUUUGAACUUGCCUGGGGAGACAGUUCAGAUCUGGCACCUCUGGACCCCAGUAUUGAGAUGUCUCUGUCCGAUUCUGGGUUUCAACCGGGGAAAAAGAAUUUCCUUCAGCUAACUGACAAAGAUGGCGAGCAGCCCCAGGUUACUUCAGAUGAGUCCGGGACUGCAGACAGCAGUGGGUUGGAUGAUAGCUCCCAGGAGCGAUUUAUUGGACCACUGCCACGAGAUCACACUGUAGGUUGCAGUGGUGACUACAGUAGCCCGUCUUACUCCAACUCCACGAUCCUCAGCAAAUCAGAGACUGGCUACGUUGGCCUGGUCAACCAAGCAAUGACCUGCUAUUUAAACAGUCUUCUACAAACACUCUUCAUGACCCCUGAGUUCCGAAAUGCUCUCUACAAUUGGGAAUUUGAAGAAUCUGAAGAGGACCCCGUCACCAGCAUUCCUUACCAGCUGCAAAGGUUAUUUGUUCUGCUGCAGACGAGUAAGAAACGGGCUAUUGAGACCACAGAUGUUACCCGAAGCUUUGGCUGGGACAGCAGUGAGGCUUGGCAACAGCACGACGUCCAGGAGCUCUGUAGGGUCAUGUUUGAUGCCCUGGAGCAAAAAUGGAAGCAGACAGAACAAGCCGACCUUAUCAACCACCUCUAUCAGGGGAAGCUCAAGGAUUAUGUUCGUUGUUUGGAAUGCAGCUAUGAGAGCUGGAGGAUCGAUACCUACCUAGACAUCCCUCUUGUAAUAAGACCCUUCGGAGCUAGCCAAGGCUAUGGCAGUGUGGAGGAGGCUCUGCAGGCAUUCGUUCAACCCGAAACACUUGAUGGGCCUAACCAAUACUUCUGUGAACGCUGCAAGAAGAAAUGUGAUGCCAGAAAGGGUCUGAGAUUUCUACAUUUUCCAUACCUGCUUACACUUCAGCUCAAGCGAUUUGAUUUCGACUAUACAACCAUGCAUCGCAUCAAGCUGAACGACCGCAUGACAUUUCCUGAAGAGCUUGACAUGAGUCCAUUCAUUGAUGUGGAAGAUGAGAAAUCUCCACAGACGGAAAGCUGCACUGACAGUGGAGCUGAGAAUGAAGGCAGUUGUCACAGUGACCAGAUGAGCAACGAUUUUUCUACAGAUGACUGUGUGGAUGAAGGCAUUUGCCUGGACAGCUCUGGCAACACAGAGAGGGUGUUGAAGCCAAAGAGUAUGCUGACCUUUGAGCUGUUCAGCGUCAUGGUCCAUUCUGGCAGUGCUGCAGGAGGCCACUAUUAUGCCUGCAUUAAAUCCUUCACUGAUGGUCAGUGGUACAGCUUUAAUGACCAGCAUGUUAGCAAGAUCACCCAAGAUGAUAUUAGAAAGACUCAUGGGGGAUCCUCUGGAAGUCGAGGGUAUUAUUCUAGUGCCUUUGCCAGCUCUACAAAUGCAUACAUGCUAAUUUACAGAUUAAAAGAUCCCUCGCGGAACGCAAAGUAUUUAUCCGUGGAUGACUUCCCACAGCACAUUAAGAAUUUGGUUCAGAAGGAGAAAGAGUCUGAAGAGCAAGAGAAGAGACAGCGGGAAAUUGAGCGAAACACUUGCAAGAUCAAGCUGUUUUGUAAGCACCCAGAGAAGAAUAUUAUGAUGGAAAGCAAGCUGGAAGUGCACAAAGACAAAACUCUCAGAGAAGCCACCGAAAUGGCCUAUAAGCUUAUGGAGCUGGAGCAGACUGUCCCUCUGGACUGCUGCCGCCUGGUGAAGUAUGAUGAGUUCCAUGAGUAUCUUGAACGCUCCUAUGAGAGUGAGGAGGACAAACCGAUGGGCCUGCUCCUCGGAGGAGUGAAAUCUUCAUACAUGUUUGAUCUGCUGUUGGAGACGCGGAGACCAGAGCAAAUGUUCCAGCCAUAUAAACCAGGAGAGGUCAUGGUGAAGGUUCAUGUUGUGGAUCUGAAAACUGAAACCAUUGCUCCCCCAAUUAGUGUUCGCGCAUACCUUAACCAGACUGUCAGUGAAUUCAAAAGGCUAAUAUCCAAGGCAACUGGACUCUCUGCAGAUACCAUGCGUGUGGUUUUGGAGCGCUGUUAUAAUGACCUUCGGCUCUUAUUUGUUCCGAGCAAAACGCUGAAAGCUGAGGGAUUCUUCAGGAGCAACAAGGUAUUUGUGGAGAGCUCGGAGCCCAAGGACUUUCAGGUUGCUUUCCCGGACUCACUGUUGUGGAAAUUGUUGGAUCGCCAUGGAAAUACUAUCAGACUGUUAGUUUUGUUACCUGAACAAUCUCCUGGUACUUUGGCUAACAGAACUAUUUGCCAGAAAGUGGCAGGUGACUCUGAUGUAGCCAUGAAUGGCCUGAAGGGUAGCAGGAAAUCUGUGGAUUCUUUUCCCAGCACGGAAAAGCAUUUGUCGCUACAGCUCCAGCAGGGAUCCAGCACCAGUGACAGUCAAAAAAGCUCUGAUGCAAGUGACUUUGAACAUAUCGAGUCUCCAACGCAGGAGGUGGAGACCAAUUCUUCAGGUGUUGUGGCCGCUGACAACAGAGAACUAGAAAACCGGCUGAAAGUGGAAGCCGGAUGUAGCACUGCUACCUCAUCUGAUGCUGAGAAUCAUUUGGCUAUUGAGGAGCGCUCUGACUCUGAAAUAAACAACGACCGCAGCACCAGCUCUGUCGACAGCGACAUUCUGAGCUCGAGUCACAGUAGUGACACGUUGUGCAACGCCGACACCACUCCUAUUCACUUGGCAAAUGGUCUGGACUCUCACAGUAUUACCAGCAGCCGGCGCUCCAAAGCUCACGAGGGGAAAAAGGAGACGUGGGACACAGCUGAGGAAGACUCUGGCACAGACAGCGAGUAUGACGACAAUGGGAAAAGCAAGGCCGAGGCCCAGUUCAUGUACUUCAGAGCUGAACUCUGUCCCCAGGAUGACCCUUCAUGCACUGUUCAAAAAUGUUUAAUCGUUCAUGUGGACAAGAGGAUUACGCUUUCCGCAUUCAAACAGAACUUGGAGCCAUAUGUAGGAGUGACCUCCACUCAAUUCAAAGUGUUUCGGGUGUAUGCCAACAACCAGGAAUUUGAGAGCGUACGCCUCAAUGAAACGCUGUCUUCUUUCUCGGAUGACAACAAGAUAACUAUCCGACUUGGAAGAGCACUGAAAAAAGGUGAAUACAGAGUAAAAGUGUAUCAACUGCUAUUGAAUGAACUAGAGCCCUGUAAGUUCCUUGUGGACACAGUGUUUGCCAAGGGCAUGACUGUUCGACAGUCCAAAGAGGAGCUGCUUCCUCUGUUGAAAGAGCAGUGCAAACUUGACCUCAGUAUUGACAGGGUACGUCUCAGGAAAAAGACAUGGAAGAAUCCAGGAACUGUGUUUCUGGAUUAUCAUGUUUACGAGGAAGACAUCAGCAUUUCUUCCAACUGGGAGGUUUUCCUGGAAGUCCUGAAUGAACCAGAGAAGAUGAAGUCCAUGUCACAGCUCGCUGUUCUGACCCGGAAAUGGAGUCCGUCGACGAUGAAACUCUCUCCCUUCCACGAAGUCAUUCUGGAGAGCAGCAGUGUGGAAGAACUGAAAGAAAAGCUCUCUGCAAUCAGUGGAAUCGAUUUAGAAAACCUGGAGUUUGCAAAGGGGAGGGGAACAUUUCCUUGUGACAUUUCGGUGUUGGAAAUCCAUCAGGAUUUGGAUUGGAACCCGAAAGUCUCCACUUUAAACGUGUGGCCUCUGUACAUCUGUGAUGAUGGAGCUGUGGUCUUCUACAGGGACAGCACUGAGGAGCCCAUGGAGAUGUCCGAAGACGAGAGGAAUGAACUGAUGAAGAAGGAGAGCAGCCGUCUGCUCAAGACGGGACAUCGCGUCAGCUACUCGCCACGCAAGGAAAAGGCUCUGAAGAUUUACCUGGAUGGAGGGCCGGCCAAGGACCCGGGACAGGAAUGAUCUUCAGAGGUCUGCCCCGAUCAUGUCGCUAGGCUUCUGCCGCUGAGCAUUGGGGUGCUGGAGCUCGGUGCGAGCGUGCUUCUUGAGAGGGAGGUUGCCCAACAAGCGGCGUUGUGAGUGGGAUGUGCUCUCAACAUGCUCCGACUCCCGGCAGCGACUCAGACCCCCCUGAUGUGCACUAGAGUGUAUCGUACUGUAAAGAGAAAGGGAAGCUAUUCAAUAUAGAAAAAGAAUAAAUAAUGUACAGACAGAUGAUUUGAACAUGAAUCUCAGAACCGAGAUGUUGGGUCAGUGACGGCCUCUAUCCUGCCUAUUUAUGUCUUCUGUCACGUGUUUCUUUGUUUCUGUUUGUGACGUUUUUUGACUCAUCAAUUUCUAAUUCAUAAGCUUGGGCUCCAGUUAGACCUCCUGGUGAGAGAAUCCCCACUCCAGUUGGACUGUGAAACACUUUCAGAGUCAGAUCAAUAAACCUCAACAGCCAGCUGAAUUCGGCUGCUUCUACAAAUCCAUACCUGCGAGCUGAUUUACCAGACAACAGCCACUUUCACAAGUAGACAUGAGCAAGUCCUUGACAUUUUAUAUUUGGGCUAUUGCUCCAGUGCUUUACUGGAGCGGGACAUUUUUUUUUUGACUGCAAGCCUGUAACAAGUUUAGAUAAGAUAAGAGUGUUUAGCAAGGCAUGAUUUCUGUAUACAUGAAGUGGGUCUUACCAGGCUCUUGUUGCACAUCUGUUUUUGUUUUUCUCAAAACUCGUAUUUCUCCUUUCCAUCUUGCAAAAGGGGCAUCUCAUGUUCAAAGCCCUGUGCAUUUGUUUGUGUGUGGUAUUGUGUUGUGUGGAGGAAGGGCUCUGUGCAACAGAGUGCCAGGUUGAUGUGGUGCCUCGACAUGCCGCCGCUGCCACCGCUGCUGCUUGAUAAACUGCUGGCACCCGAAUUCUGAAGUAGAGUGUCCUGGCACCUCUGUGGUCUCCUGCUGCUGUCGCCGCCAGAUGUUCACUGUGGAAAUGCCAAUGUCUGAAGAAAUUCCUUUUUUUUGGGGGGGGGGUGGUAAUUUCUUUAAAAUUGUGUGAAAAUA